UCCACAGAUGCAAAAAUGUCGAAUAAAAUCGGCAUAGCUUACGGCCGACUAGGAAACAAUCUCCCAUCACCUGAAGCUUCAGUUCAACUAAUCCAGUCCAUCAAUGCGAGUAGAGUAAAACUCUAUGAUGCAAACCCAGAAAUCCUCCAACUCCUAUCCGGUUCUAAAAUUCAAGUAUCAAUCAUGAUCCCGAACGAAGAAAUCUCACCCAUUUCUACAAACCAAAAUUAUUCCCAUCUAUGGGUUCAGCACAACAUAAUUCCAUACUAUCCCUCAACCAUGAUUCGGUUCUUACUAGUUGGAAAUGAGAUUCUCAGCUAUAGUACUGACCAAGAUCGACAACUCUGGUUUGAUCUUGUUCCCGCAAUGAAAAAUCUCAGACGAUCUUUGAAAAAGUAUGAUCUUUUGAAGAUCAAGAUUGGUACUCCACUGGCUAUGGAUGCAAUUGAAUCAUCAUUCCCUCCUUCUAGCGGGACAUUUAGAUCGGAUAUAACCGUUCCUGUUAUGAAACCACUGUUGCAAUUCUUGAAUCGGACUAAAUCGUUCUUUUUUCUUGAUGUGUACCCAUACUUCCCUUGGUCUGAAAAUCCUAGAGACAUCAACUUAGAUUACGCGCUUUUGAACGAGAAUAACUAUACGUACGUCGAUCCCGUUAGUGGUUUAUCCUACAACAAUCUCCUCGACCAGAUGCUCGACUCGGUAGUCUUUGCAAUGACCAAGUUGGGGUUCAGAAAUGUUCGUUUGUACAUAGCUGAAACUGGUUGGCCGUCUGCUGGUGAUAUCGACCAAAUCGGAGCAAACAUCUACAAUGCUGCAACAUAUAACCGGAAUCUCGUCGAACGGAUAAUAGGCACUAGAACUACUAUUGGUACUCCGGCACGACCAACUUGGGGAAUCCCCACAUUCAUCUUCUCCUUGUUCAAUGAGAAUCAGAAACCGGGACCUGGCACCGAAAGAAACUGGGGAGUUAUGUACCCAGACGGAAAACCAAUCUACGAAAUCGACUUGACCGGGAGUAGACAACAAUCCGAGUACCAAGCGUUGCCAAAGGGGAAUAACAAUGCACCGUACGAGCGUAAGAUUUGGUGUGUUGUUGCAAAUGAAGCAAGGAAUUUGACUAAUGAAUUGGUGUCUGCCAUAUCAUAUGCAUGUGGGCAGGGUAACGGAACUUGUGAUCUCAUCCACCCUGGAAGAGAAUGUUAUCAGCCCAUUUCAGUAGUUUCGCAUGCAAAUUUCGCUUUUAGUUCGUUUUGGUCACAGUUGAGGAGUAAUGGUGCUUCUUGUUCCUUUAAUGGACUUGCAAUUCAGACUUCUAGAGAUCCCAGUCAUGGAUCUUGCAAGGUUCCUGGUGUGGCUCUUUGA